UACAGACAGAACACAGGAGUUAAACUUUGUUUGACAGGACAGCAACAUACGAUUGAUAAUUCUUAGUAUGAAAAGACUUUAAAACUUCUUUAUAUUUCUUUCAUAAGCUGCAGUACAUACUUCUGACAACUUUGAAAAAUAAAUAAAAGAAAAACAACAUCGGUAGUGUUCACCAUCGUUGACGAUGGUGUCCGAUCCUUAUGCAAUGCUCACCUUCUGAAUCAUGACUAGGAAGUGAGAUCUUGCUAUCGUUUAUAAGCUAGCUGUGAUGUUACGCGAUGAAAGCACAAAAGAAUAGCAGAAUAUAAAACACGCUGUUAUAAUUUAGUAAUUGAUUGCAUAAUUUAACUGUUAACGCGUCGUUUUUAACGCGAAACGACUCUGUAACUGACGAACGAACAGCGAAUACUGCUAGCCAUCUUGUUAUUUAGCCAUCUGGCUGGAUUGUGGAUUGCUAAUAUUAGCAGUUAGAUACUGUUAGCAAGUUUGAUUAUGGCCCUGGAACACAAAUACUGUUGUAUGGCAGGAUUUUUACUCCUGUUGCUACUGUCUGUUUGCAACGCAAGGAUACACCAGCUCACCCUGAAGAAUGAAACGCGGUCUACCGUCGACCUCAACAACUUUGGUUUUUAUGCUAAUGGGACGUUGAAUGUGAGCCUGUCUUCCCUGUGGCUCAUUGAAAAGGGUGUCAACUACAGCACGUAUCCGGUUGGUUUCAGCCUGUCCAGAUCACGUGUUAAUGGAGUCUUGUCCUACACAGCAGAGGAAACAGAAACAUGUCCGCUUAAUGCAGGAAAGCCAACCAAUGACGAGCCUCUCAUUCUUUUUUCUAUUGACAUACACAACCUCAGUGUCCAUGUGAAAUCUAUGGGAGUCCAAGACAACAUCUUGAUAGCAAAGACAAAGCCUGAACCAAAUAAAGGUCAGAGGAAGGCCAGAGACGCACCUGCUGGGGGGGAUUCACCUGACGGUGGAAAGCAAAAGCCACCCCAAUCAGAAGAUAAAAUAAAAGCAAAGGAAAAUGGAAACACGCCCUUGGGUCCGAAGAAAGAGACAGAGAUAAACCCCGAUGCAGAAGCUAAGAAAGCUGAGGGAAAUGUAUUCUAUCUGGAGAAGCCUGCUAAGCUGACUUUGGCUCUGGACAAAAUUAAUGGCUCCUACAACUUUAGUUUUGACAUGGUGGUCGGCUUGAAAGCACAGGGUCUGUACAGCCUCAAGUUUCACUACUGUCAGAACAGGAUGCCUACAGUCAAGCUACCUUACUCAUUCACAGUGGAAGUGACAGAAGAAAAUCCAGGAAAGAACUAUCUGUCUGCAGCAGAAAUACCUUUGUCUCGCCUUUACAUUUGUAUGGCUGGUGUCUUCUUCAUUGCCGCCAUGGUCUGGGUGUACACGCUCAUGAAACACAGAUACAGCGUGUUUAAAAUCCACUGGCUGAUGGCCGCUCUGGCAUUCACCAAGUCCACAUCUUUGGUUUUUCAUAGUAUCAACUAUCACUUUAUCAACACUGAGGGGCAUCCUAUUGAAGCCUGGGCCGUCAUGUAUUAUAUAACACAUCUGCUCAAGGGCGCUCUCCUCUUCAUCACACUGGCUCUGAUUGGUACUGGCUGGGCUUUUGUCAAGUACAUUCUGUCUGACAAGGAGAAGAAGAUUUUCAUGAUAGUUAUUCCACUGCAGGUUCUGGCUAAUGUUGCCUACAUCAUCAUUGAGUCUACAGAGGAAGGCUCCAGUGAAUACUAUCUGUGGAAGGAGAUCCUUUUUCUGGUCGACCUGAUCUGCUGUGGAGCCAUCCUCUUCCCCGUUGUUUGGUCAAUCCGUCACCUACAGGAGGCUUCUAGCACAGACGGCAAAGCUGCCAUGAAUUUGGAGAAGCUGAAACUCUUCCGCCAUUAUUAUGUGAUGAUCGUGUGUUAUAUCUACUUUACGAGGAUCAUAGCCAUUCUGCUCAAGAUCACAAUGCCUUUCCAGUGGCAGUGGUGCUAUGAGUUUCUGGUGGAGGUGUCUACUUUGGUAUUUUUCGUGUUGACGGGCUACAAGUUCCGACCAGCAUCCAACAACCCCUACCUCCAGCUUCCCCAGGACGAGGAGGACGUAGAGAUGGAUGAAGUAGUCACUGAGUCAGGUGCACUUGAGGGUAUUUCUAAAGUGAAGAAGACCUGUAAUGGACGGGAGCGCCAGAAAGAGCCCACCUUGUGAGCAGGAAGUUGCAUCUUGACCGACCAAUGAAACACCCCCAGGUCAGCCAGUGCCAAGAGGUACACAUGGACCAAGGCUCCUCACGUCCACUGACAGCUCUCCUGUGAAACUCUUCCAGUGGUUGCAGUGGUUGUGCCCACUGUCUGGCUAUGCAAAAAAAAAAAAAAAAAAAAAAAAAGGACUAAUAUGUUGGACUUUCUCAAUUUCCUUGGAACACUCCUCCCACAAACUGAAAAGUUUCCUGAGACGUCUGCCACAUGGACGGGUGGAAAUAUGGAAAGGAGCUCAGAUGUUCUUCAUUGUUUUCAUUUCUUUUUCUGUCGCUCUCCAAAGAUACAAAUUUUAGAAAAUGACUUACUUUUGAGUGUGUUGAUAUCCGCUAUUUAAAAAGGUACAUCUACAAGCUGUGAGGAUGUUUGUGUGUGUGUGUGUGAGAAUGUGUGAAGCAUCACAAGACAUGAACACAACUGGUUUUUCCUUUUGGGGACGAUGGCCAUACUCAGGUAGAAGGCUUGUCAGUGUAUUUAAAUUUUACUUAAAAAAUCUUUAUAGGCAAUGCCAGUUUCAGUCCCACUAUUCAGGGGUUAAUAAUUUCCCUUCAGUCAGCUCACAUCUUCAUCACCACACGCUACCUUACAUUUAAUUCUCUUGUAUAUUUGAUUUGUAUAUUGAAAUAUAUAGAUGUCUGAGGUUGUAUAUUUCAGUAUAUUAACUUAUUGAAUAUUGAAGUGGUUGUAUUUUAGUAUCAUUGUCCAUGUUGGAAGGAUAGAUGCUCCUUCAAAUCUGUCAUUUUGGACCGCUGCUGUAAUUUAGUGCUUUAGUGGUUGAGGACAAUUUACAUCUCUGUGAAAUGAGCCCAGUUGGUGGCAUGUGGCCUCUAAUUGGCUCUGGAUCAGGCUCUGAAGUGAUCAGAACAAUGGCUCUACUUGUGUGACGGCCUUGUUUUCUUGUUUUCCUUUUGGCCUGCUUGUGUCAACCCGGGCUGAGAAGUGACCUAACGGAUUUUUGAAUUUACCUGCUUUUGUUUUUACCGUUUUGCUCUUGAUGUGAAGUUUUUUUGAUUAAUUAUUAAUGAUUUAUUGGUUGAUGGCAGAUCAGUAAUGUGUGCAGCCAGGCAGGUAGAUGGCCAUUUGUAAAUAAAACUGAAUACAAAAACAGGUGUACAACACUUAAAAGGACUUCAUGGUGUUUCAGAUGAUGUUGACAUUUCAAUAAGAUUCCUUUGAUUGCUUUUUAAUUGACGCCGGUGAGGGGGGAAGAAACGGUUCUAAGAUUUAGUCACUCCUGUCCAGAGAGGACAGAACAGCACAGUGUUUACACACAGUUAACAUGUCUCCAGACUCCGGGUGUCGAGUACCUGGGCUGCCAGAGUACAGUCAGUAUAUAUUUACUUCAGGUGGUAAAGGAGUUUUUUUUUUUUUUUUUUUUUUUGCUAAUUAUGAAAGGAUGUUUGAUGUUUGUAUGAAAUGUCACAAUAAAGCUGGAGUUCUGGAAA